AUGGCAUCCGUGAGGAAACUAUUCAUCCUGGUUACUUUUGGAGCAUUCUCUUGGCUUCUGUUACUGUUUCAAUUGUUUGGAUUUUUCAACUUUCCGCUUAAACUACACCACGCCGAUGGUCUUGCUAUUGGAGAGCACCGUUGGUCAUCCUCGGUCUGGAGUAUCUUGCAUCUAGCCAGCGCAGUGAUCAGCGGUAUACUGGCCAAACGUCACUACAACUACCUCUUCGGUGGUCUGAUGCUAACCGACGCAAUGAACAACUACUUCAAAUACGUCAUCGGAUUGCUGACGAUUUUCGUAACCGUGGCCGACUCCUGGUUUGAGGUUGAAACGCAUCGCUCGAUUUGGAUGCGCUAUCGUGCUCUCGCCACCAGAAAUGGUACCAUUCUUGGGCUGAUUGGAAGAGACGAGCUAGCACGUGUGCUGUUACGUUACUUUUUCGCCAUUCUGACGAUAGUAGCCGUGUGCGCUCUGGUCGAGUUUACAAUAUACAACCAGCUUACGCCCGGUACGCAAUGGCAUUGGUUUUGGCUGCAUAACUUCUACCCGUACACGUUCAGCCACGUUAGGCACGUGUUUCAUCUGCUGCACAUCAGUCUGAUGGCCUCCAAUCUGCGCCAGUUACAGCGCAAAUUGGUCGCAUUGCAUCAAACGGGCGAACGGGAGCGCUUGGAAGAGUACCGCGCACUGUACGGCGAGCUGUGGCAGAUAAACGAGGGCAUCAACGAGCUGUUUGGGUUUUCGCAAGCGUGCAACAUUGCCUCCAGCUUCGCACAGAUGGCGUUCGAUCUGUACUGGGUGUAUGCGAUGUGGCAGAAGCAGCAGAGGGGAGUAGAAUGCUUUUUGAUGCACGCGGCCAAAAAACAUCAACUUGAAAUGGAUGCGGUGCAAGGGACGGUUCUCGAUAUGAACUUCGGGCUGGAUGCUGAGAUGGUGAAGCUAAGGUUUUACUUUUUGCAUCAGUUGCUGCGCAAUCGGAUUAAGCUGACCGCGAAAGACAUAUUUGACUAUGACUACACGUUAAUCCGAACGCUUGUUAUUGUGAUACUUACGUAUGUGAUCAUAUUUAUUGAAAUAGCAGAUUAG